UGACGCGCUGCUGGGUUAGAGUUCAAAGGUUAGCCGCCGAGGGGACCAGUCUGCAGAUCGGAUAAUUUGUCUUCAGCAUGAAAGAGAGUGAUGAUGAUGAUGAAGUACAAUUGUCAGCCCACACUUUGGCUGCCCUGCAGGAGUUUUAUCUGGAUCAGCAGAAGAGGCAAUGUACAGAGGGCAAUAACUAUCAUGUUGGAUCUGUAGAGGAGAACUGGCAAUUGAGCCAAUUUUGGUACAGUGAUGAAACUGCUGAUCGACUUGCCCAAGAGGCAAUUGAAGCUGUAGGAGGUGGCGGCAGAAUUGCUUGCAUCAGUGUUCCAAGUGUCUAUCAAAAACUGAAGCAGCUUUGGAAUGAAGAAUUCUCUGCUAUAUUGUUGGAAUAUGACAGGCGGUUUUCUAUUUAUGGAAAGGAAUUUUAUUUCUACGACUAUAACAAUCCUCUGAAUCUAUGUGAAGAUCUGCAUCCUCACAGUUGUGAUUUAGUGAUAGCUGAUCCACCCUAUCUCUCUGAAGAGUGUCUCAGCAAGAUAGCACUCACAGUCAAAUAUCUAACCAAAGGAAAAAUUCUUCUUUGCACUGGUGCAGUCAUGGAAGAUCUGGCAGCAAAGUUACUUUCUGUGAAAAUGUGUAGAUUUCUCCCAAAGCACAAUAGCAAUUUAGCAAAUGAAUUUCGCUGCUAUACAAACUAUGUGUCUGGAUUAGAUCUACCCUCUGUCUAUUGAUUUUUUUUUUAAUGGAAAAUUAUACAUUAUAUAAAUACAAAGUUCCUUGAUCUGUUAAAUCAGAUAUCUCAUCUAUGGGCUGCAGCUAAUAAAUUUAUUGCAAAAAGAGAUAUCAUUUUUUAAAAUCAUCAGUAGCAAAA